AUGACAUCAAAGUUAUUACAGAAUCAAUUCAAGAAGAUACAAUCUGAACCAAUCGAAGGUGUAUACUUUGAACUGGUAGAUGAGAAUCUAUUUGAAUGGAAAGCUUAUGUAGAGGGACCUCCAGAGACAGAUUAUGAGGGAGGUAUAUUCCAGGUUCAAAUGAAGUUUCCUCAAGACUAUCCUAUGAGCCCACCAACUUUGGUGUUCUUGUCAGAGUUCUGGCAUCCAAAUAUAUAUCCUGAUGGCAAGGUGUGCAUCUCAAUUCUGCAUCCACCUGGCGAGGAUGAGACUAGUGGGGAGUUGCCAGAGGAGCGAUGGUUGCCAACGCAAACCGUAACAACAAUCCUACUGAGCGUAAUCUCAAUGUUGAGCGCACCAAACACUUCGUCGCCGGCAAACGUCGAUGCCAGCGUCGAGUGGAGAAACGACAAGGAGGGAUAUAGGAAGCGCGUCAAGCAGCUGGUCCAAAAGGCCAACCUCAAGGUGCCCCCUCACGUUAAGAUACCGCAUCCAGAUUCGGACCCAAUAGAGCGCGCGAAACAGGUUGAGAAGAUGAAGCUACUGAACAAGCCCAUGGACUUUUUCGACGACUACGAGGACGUGGAUGACGAUGCUGACUAUUACGUCGAUGACGACGAUGACUACGACAACAACGACUCUGAUGAGGAUGAAGGCGUAGACAACGACGACGAUGAGGACAAUGAUGAUUGA